UAAACGGAACGGUAAAGCUAAGCUUAAAAAAGAGGUGGGAGUGAAAUAUGAGUGAUGAUUUUCUUUCUUUUUUUUUUAUACACGCAUAGGGAGUGGUAAAGUUGAGCUUGAGUAAACGAAAGCAGUGUUGGAGCAGGGCCUGCCUGUUCUACUGCUACAGCUGCUGCUACACUUGCUCUGGAGAAGCUGUAUAAUAGCUAUAUAGUGUUCGUGCUGCAGUUCUCUCUCUCUCUACACAGAGCUAUGCGGCUGGCUACUUAACCCUAAUCGCGUCUAAUCAUAUAUCUGCACGCCGGGCUUUCCAGCAUUCGCGCCGAAAUGAGAGGGACGCUGUGAAAGACGUAAAGGCUGUAGGCUACUCAACAGAAGCUCCAGCUGAGGUAAACGACUGGACGUGAAGGAGCGCAGCUUCUGGCUGUUUUUGGAGGGACCCAGAGAAGGAGAGCAGAAUUGCCCAGAGUGAAGAAAAGUGUGGGAAAAGUCGUAAGAGGAGGAAAAGAAAGACUUUACCUGGAGCUCGUGUAGAGACAGAAACGGAGGAGUCAUUUUAGUUUGCGUUAUGAGACGCUGAACUUGAAGAUAGAGGGGUGGAGGCUGUGGUUGUGGUGGUGGUGGGCAGAUGGGGGUGCUAAAACCAAAUCAAAACCACUGAAAAUGCGCUUCUCCAGGAACCCCAGCCACAUGGACAUGUUAUUAUCCACAUGGGACAAGUCCUUACGUCUGCGGCGGGGGAUCAUAAUAAUAAACACCAUUGAGAGAGGACCCAUGCCGGAUGAGUAGUGGGAGUAAUGGUAGCUAGAGCUAAAACUUCAUCAAGAAGAAGAGAGGAUAAAAGAGAGAAAAAGUGAGAGUGUGAGUAAGUGAGAAAGAAGAGAGAGAAAGAGGAGGGAGAGAUAGGAAGCGUGUGCUCUCUCUCUUUCUCAUGAUUAUUUUCCACCCACUACCCACCACCACUACCACACUCCACCACCACACUCAACUCAACGACGGAUGACCCACGAGAGCCGGGUUUAAACAUAUAAAGGACAGACUGCUGCCUGCCAGCGCCGACAGAGGAAGAGGAGGUGGUGGUGGAACGUCUGUAGCCUUUCUAUAACCUACCUAGCUAACUUUACAUAGCUAACUUAGGCUAUCUACCUACCUGGAGAAGUGCGGCUUCCAUGUCCCAGUCCCAGUCUGCGCUACUGCUACUACUGUUACUACUGCUGCUGCUUCUGCUUCUACUUUAAAGGUGAUAUUAAAAAGUGUGGGGAUCACUGAAGGCACCCAAGGAACGGCCACUAUCUCCCACACAAGAGCCGAGACACGGGAGCUGCUGCCUCCAAAAUCAGGACUAGAGGGCAGUCAGGGCGGUCUCGCCUUCGCCCACCUUUCAUUAUGAGGGUGCUGCGCUCCCCGGUCUGCGUCGGGCUCUUGUUGGUCAUUCUGGCGGCUGGCUCUUGCCGGGAGGGCAGCAGGGAGGGCAGCAGUCUGCUGGAGCUGCUGAUGGACUCAAGCAGAGCAGCACGGCAGCAGCAGGCGGACCACAGCUCGACCAGCGUCCAGCAACAGCAACAGCCGCAGGAGCAGCAGCAACAUGAGCCCCCCAAAAGAAAUUAUUCAGUAGAGACGACGGAGGGGAACGAAGUGAACAAGUCCUACCAGCACGACCAAGUACUGGUCUUUCCGAGAGAUCUGCGGCAAAAGGAAAAGUUCUUGAAACAUUUAACAGGGCCUCUCUAUUUUAGCCCCAAAUGCAGCAAACACUUUUAUAGACUAUAUCAUAAUACCAGGGACUGCACGAUACCAGCCUAUUAUAAAAGAUGUGCUCGGCUACUCACAAGGUUAGCAGGCAGUCAGCGGUGCUCAGAGGGAUAGACCUUACAGAGUUCAACAGAUCUAGAGAAGUAAAGAGAACUGAGAAGAAAAAGUGCCUUGGAGAAGAAUAGGGAAAUCUGAUGAACUCAGAAAAUUUGUCAUUUAGUUUUUUUUUUUUUUUAAACGAAAUGGAACUCCUCCAUCGAUUUCUACAUACAGUAGACAUUUCUACAUACAGGACUGAUGGAAUCCAUGUUAUCACUGAACUUUCUGAUGACUCUAAUGGUGCAAGUGAAGAUGUUUUACAGAGAAGCAAAUGAAAAAAGGACCCGCUGCCAAAAGACUGCUGCUGACUGCUGCUGCAAAUGCUCGUCGGUUGAUUGAUUUGCCUUCACGAGUUGUGUUGUGUUUCUCGAGUUGUUUCCAAGUGGUCAGUUCUUUGAAAACCAGUGAGAGAACCAGACUACUUGUCACUUGCGGAUGAACACAACACUAAGAUAAGAAUGGUCCAAUACUCUUAAUGGCCUCAGUCUCAUAACAGACACCCAAAACCAUGGUUAAAUUAUCAUGAACUGCACAACAAAUUCUUGCCUUUUCUUUUUUUUUGUUUUGUUUUUCUUUUGUAUUUUCAAGACAUUUCUGUUGGCAGAAUUAAGUGACAAACAGUGCUGGGCGCGGUUUUUGUUUUAGGAAAGGAAACGAACAGCAUUCUCCUGAAUAUGAAUGUCGCAUUGUGUAUUAAUAUUCUAAUGUAUUUAUAUAUUCAAGCUAUUGUCAGUUGUCAGGCUGUUAUCAAACGUAUGUAAAAGCAUCCCAGCUAGAGUGCAAUAUAUGUAAAUACUGUAAAUAUUAAAUAAGAAAAUAUAUGAUCUUUAAAUAAAUGAU